AUGAUCAAGGGCGACGGUCCACCUCCGUCACCAAAGCGACGGGCCGGAGGACGCAGCGAGCCCAGCCAGGGCAGCAAAAGAGGCGGACGUGGAGCCCCAGACCGGCACCAAGCGAACCCUCGAGGAGGCACAAGGAGAGGCACAGACCAGCACCAAGCGGACCCAAGAGGAGGCACAAGGAAAGGCACAGACCAGCACCAAGCGGACCGGACCCAAGAGGAGGCGGCCUUAGGCGAAGAAGUCAACCCGAUGAGCAUCCGGAUGGUCAAGACCGUGGACGCUGAGUGGUCUACAACCAGCUUGGCCAGCACCGAGCAGGACCCAGAGAUGCCAGAGGUCGGCCCAGACGACAAGCAGAGCCCGAAGCACAUCACGACGGAAAAUGCCGACCAGCCGCCGGACCUCGACCCAGAGACCCUCCAGGAGUACGACGACAUGGCGGAGGUGGAAGAGAUCGAGCGGCUCAUUGGCAUGGGCGUGCUGAUCGAGCCGAUCGCGGGAGAGGAGGCAGAGCUCCUCAGCACCACCUUCGCUACCACGUGGAAGGGCGAGAAGGGAACUUGGUGGCGGCGAGCGCGCCUUGUGGCGCGGCGAUACCGAUGGGCCAACAAUGUGGAGCAGCCUGCUGAUGCGCCUGUGGUGGUGGACGCCCCGCUCUCCUAUGUGCGACGCUAUGGACCCAAGAGGUGGAAGCUGGGCCGGAUUCUUCCCGACCAGCGUCGCGGUGCUCAGGAAUGGUUUGUGCCCCUGAAUGUGGACCUCGAGAAGCAAGGCCUGGAGGCGAUGAUCGAAGUCCCGACGCUCUAUCGGGCCAAGAGCCCUGAGGAGCGAAAGGCGGCCCAGGUUCACGUGGACGAUGCCAUGAUGACUGGCGACUUGGAGGUGGUGAACCCCCUCCUGGACAGCCUGGGCAAGGUCUACACCAUCAAGGUGAAUGGGCCGUUUUACCCGGGGGACGAGUUCGAAUUCCUCAAGCGCCGGUUCAGGAUCGAGGCAGAUGGGUCGAUCACGGUGCGCGCGGCGGCCCACUUCUACAUCGACAUCUUCGACCUCCUUGAGCAGCCCCGGCUGCGACAGACACCCGGCCCCGUUGGCGACCUCUUCAUGGUCGAUGACUCCGAGCAGCUCGGGCCAGGAGAGGCAACCCUUUUCAGAACGGUGGUCGGCAAGCUCCUUUACAUUGCCGGCGAGCGCCCCGACCUGCAGGUGGUGAUCCAGUUCUUGGCGGGGCACUUCGUGUGCUCAAGCACCUGGCUGGCUGGCUUCAUGAAGGCGACCGAGGGGCACGGGGUGAACUUCAAGGCAACCAAGGGGGCAUCGAUCAUGAACUUCGACGCUAGCGGCCCCUACGGCAAGCACUUGGUGGAAGCGGUCAGUGACAGCAACUUCGCAACGGACCGCAACACCCGAAAGAGCCUCUCGAGCGGCCACGUGUACAUCGACAAAUGCUUGAUGUUUUCGUUCGUACGCAGCCAGAAGGUCGUGACCCUAAGCUCGGGCGAAGCUGAGCCGGUGGCGCUGACGCAAACGGUCGGCGAGAGCAUCUUGAUCCACAAAGCGUGGGAAUUCCUCAUGCGAGCCGAGGCAGACCAUGUGGCGCGGACCGACUCUUCGGUGGCAAGGGCGAUUUCAAUUCGCCUUGGUGUGGGCAGGGUGAAACACCUGCAAACCUCGAGCCUGUGGAUCCAGCAGUGGGUCCACAAGAAGAUGCUGAAGGUAGCGGCCAUCGGCACCAGCAAGAACCCCACCGACAUGGGCACGAAGAUCCUCUCGGCGAGCCGGUUGCGCAUGCUGAGCGGGGUCGCUGGCAUGGUGAAUGAUGGGGGCGAGCACCUUGGAGCAGAUGAGCUCAAUGAGGAGCUGAGGAAGACGUCCGGGCUGAACACACGGACGCUGAAGAUGGUGCAGUUGCUGCUGGCGACCAGCCUGCAAGGCUGCAGCCCCACAGACGGGGGCACCGUCGUUUUCUUCCUGGUGGAGCUCUUCGGCGAGAACCCCGCGGCGGCGAUCAUGGUGUUUCUCCUGGCGGCUUUCCUGGCGGCUAUGGUUGGGAGAUGCCUGGCGAGUGUGCGCUGGCAUGUGAGCAUCCACAUUGGCCAGGGCUCUGACCAAGGGCUUGAGCAUGGCUACGUCCACGGUAGCCCCAGCCACGGAGGAGCACAAAGCACCAAGGAGACCCAGGCCCAGAACGCCGAGGGCCAGCAGCACACCAAGGACCAGCGGGACACCAGCCACGACCACUACGUCGACUACCUUUUGAAGGUCAGCAAGCAGCGGAAGCACGAGAAGGAGCGUGGUGAGGCACGUGGUGAAGGAGAGACGGGACCCAGCAAGGAGGUGGCCAGGCCAUCAGCAGAGGCUGGACCGAGCUCAGAGAUGCCACGGUUGGUCUCUGCUGCCGGCAGCUCUAUGGACCCUCCUAGGGUUCACGUGCGACCAAGAGGCCAGCGAGGAGCACGAAUGGUCUCAACCAUCCGUGGGCCCAUGUGGGUCGGAGACCUGGACCUUGAGAAGCCGGUGGAGUAUGCCCCGAACUUCGGCUACAGCUACCACCGGUCUACCUGUUCGUCCUUUCGAAGGAGCGCACGGAGGAAGGAACCUACCACAACGAGGCGAGCUUUGGAAGCCGGCCUCUACCCGUGCGAGCAGUGCUGUGGAGAUGACCAUGUGGCCCUGGUGGACCAGAAUGCGGCGAUCUUCGACAUGCAGCCGAAGCGCAAGCGCCGCUGA